CGGCAGGGAGACGUGAUCCGAGAAGGUUCCGGGAAGGUUCUAACGAGGUUCCACUCGGGAAGAGCAGGACCGGAUGCCCCCCUCCCGGCGGACGUGAGCCUUAUGACUUUUGGCGGGGCUGCAAAUGGGCGGCACAGGUGGCAACCUCUACCUCAGCAUGUUGACCGGCACCGAGGCGCAGACCCCGGCAAAGACCCCCGAAGCGAACGGACACCUCGGCCGCGGCGUCAAGGACCCGGCGGACCUGAAAAUGGGCAUCCAGGACGCGAGGUUCUACUACCCGGACCCGGUCCCGGCGGGACCCCAGGACGCCUUGGCCCUGCAGUACCACACGGAGCAGGCGGUCGGCGGCUUCGGAGCGCAGCCGGCCCGCUUCUACGCGCAGACGCUGGCCGGCUGCCCGUACGGAGGCGUGCGCUCGCCGCCGCGGAGCGCCGCGGCCGUCGGCCCGGGCUACGGGGACGGCUUCCCCGCGGUGGGCAAAGACGCGUACCCGCCCUCCCCGGAGAGCUUCGGGGCGGGCUACCAGCGGGCCACCCUCUACCCGCUGCCCGGCCUGCAGCUGUGCGGCAAGACGCAGGCGCUCCUCAACAACUACCCGCUGUGGGCCAAGUUCCACAAGUUCCAGACCGAGAUGAUCAUCACCAAGCACGGCAGGAGGAUGUUCCCCUUCCUGAGCUUCAACAUCAGCGCUCUGGAUCCUUCCGCCCACUACAACGUCUACGUGGACGUGGUUCUGGCAGACCAGCACCACUGGCGCUACCAGGGAGGGAAGUGGGUGCAGUGCGGCAAGGCGGAGGGCAACAUGCCAGGAAACAGGACAUACGUGCACCCCGACUCCCCCAACACGGGGGCGCACUGGAUGAGGCAGGAAGUGUCCUUCAGCAAACUCAAGUUGACCAACAACAAAGGCAGCACCAACAACGUAGCACAGAUGAUCGUCCUUCAGUCCCUCCACAAGUACCAGCCCCGCCUGCACAUCGUGGAGGCCAAAGAGGACGGUUCCGAGGACGCCUUCCAGCCGUCCAAAUCCCAGACCUUCAUCUUCCCUGAGACCCAGUUCAUCGCCGUCACCGCCUACCAGAACGCCGACAUCACGCAGUUAAAAAUAGACCACAACCCCUUCGCCAAAGGCUUCCGAGACAGCUACGACACUUUGUACGCGCCCCCCGACCCCGACCGCCUCACCCCCUCCCCCACGGACAGCCAGCCGCUGCUGCCGGGGGGCUGCUACCCUCCGGGCUACCUCACGGAGGCGCCUUACAUCAGCCCGCUGCCCCAGAGUCGCUUCUACAGCCGGGAGCCCCAGCAGCACAAAGACGCCCCCUCCAGUCCCGGGCCCCACUGGUACCUGCCGUCCCAGCAGGCCGUGGCCCCCAACCGCCUGGACUUCCCGUCGUCCUUCGAGAGCGACUUCUCCGGAAACAGCCUCUACAAGCCCUUCCCCUUGCAGACCCCGCCUCACCCCACCCUCAGCUACUACCCCGAGCACCCGUUCGCCUCCACCAGCGUGUCGGCAGCCACCACGGCCGGCUGGACCGCCACCCGGCCCCCGUCUCAGUACCUGACCCACCCGAGCAAACCCACCCCCAGCCUGGCUUGGUUCAGACCGCUCGCGUCAUCGCCCGCCAACGCCAGGCUGCACGCCGCCCCGCUCCUGGAGCCCCUCCCGCUGGCCGACAAGGCUAAGGAGACGGGGGAGGAGCUCUGGCUGGAGCCGCCCUCGGUGAAGUCAGCUGACUCGGCAGAGUCACCGCUGUUUGAGGGCGAGGUGAAGAAGAGGAGGGUGUCGCCCUACGCCCCCCGCGGCGAGAACUCUCCGCUGCGCGCUGCGGAAGUGUGCAACAAGAACAGCGACUACUUUGGCUUUUACACCCACUGAACCCCACCCCCUCACCGCCCCUUGUCCACCCCUCCUUCCCUCCUUCACAUCUUGACGGGAACAUUUGCGGCGGCCAUCUUAAAAGUGAGUGAUGGCGCUCAGGAGGACGUUUGAAGGCCAACGUCACAGCAGGAUGCGAAGCGGAUGCGACGUGCCCCGCAGCCAAAUGGACGCAACGCACACCUGUGACCGUCACCUCAGAAACAUCUGGAUUGUUUAAAAAAAAACACACAAAAAAAACAUCUGCAUAUCUUGACAUGACGCCUUCAGGGCUUUCUCUUCUUCCGUCGCUGUCAAACUCCCUCUCUUUUCUCACCUUUUUGCACUCGUCAUUUCCUCUGAAACAGUCACACUGCAAAGCGGAGCAGCUGAUUUGGCUCCCUCUGCUGGCGACGCGGAGCACUGCAGCCUACAUGACCAAGCGCGUGGCAAAUGUCGUUCAAAUGAAGGGAAAAAGUGCAAGUAUAAAAAGAAGUUAGAUCCUUAAAACACGCGAAAAUUAACAGUUGGUGGAGGUUACCAUAGCAACGGGACUUGUGGACGCUUCCUGUCAACAUUUGCGUUACAAAAUAAGGGAAAUGUUUGGUUAAUUCUGAUCUUCCCCGAGUGUUUCCACCAGCAAGUGGUGCGUUUGAGGCCCGUUGAAGAGGCGAGCUUUGCAUUAGGAGGCCUCGCGUUUCUUCUUCUUCUGCGGUCGCCAAGAAAAGUGGGUCAUUCACACACCUGGAAGCAAAACAGACGCCGUGACCAGGAAGUGUGUGUGGGGGGGGGGCUGACCACGCAGACACAAUAGGGGUCGUGAGAGUCGCAACCUGACAGAGGCCGCCAGUGAGGCGUCUCCGUUAACGACCCCAGACAACACUUGACAGGUGGGCGACAUGCUAACGUUAGCAUAGUCAGCAUCGUGUACUACGAGGUCGCCCCCUAACGGUUCGGAUUGGAACUACGACUGUUUGCCUUACAAAGAGCACUCUGGUAGAAGCAAAAAUUAAAAAAAAAAAAGUCUUAACAUUUGCGCUGAAGAUAUUGGAUUGCACUUGUCAUAAUUUAAAGUGCAAUUAGAAGUCGAUUCGCGCCAGGAUAAUUACGACAAUCAUAGCAGUUUACUGCGGUCACGUGCUGCUCAUUCCCAGUGCAGGCGUUUGGCGCCUCAGGGCUGCCCCCUGCUGGAUGAAUUCCUGCACUUAUUUUCAAGCAUGGGGGGGGGGGGGGCGUGUACAGGAUGUCACAUGAUAAAACGAGCAAUAAAUCCUCUCAGCCAUUGCAAUUUAUAAAAUGAGAUUUUUGAGAGAAAAAAAAGUGUUAUUUAUUUAAGGUGGCGCAAGUGAGUAUUGUACUGUUGUUUUUUUUCUAUUCAAAUAAAGAUUUGUCAAAAAUGUCCUUUCAUGUCAUCUUAAAAUGAAAUUGAGUGUCCUUCUAGAGAUUAAGCGUCAUAUUCGGGUAGAGAAGAUGCAUUUCUAAUACAAGUCCAGUCCUGUGUGCAUAGUUUACAGUCCAGCAGCACA